CGAUGACGUCAUCCCCGCCGCGCACCCUGUGACGCCAUCGCCGCGCGCCGCCCGCGCCGGGCGGGCCGGGCCCGGUACCCGGGACAGGGGGGGUGACCCGGACAGGGCUCGGUACCCCCCGGGACAGGCCCGGUACCCCCGGACACCCCCGGACAGGGCCCGGUACCCGGGACAGGGCCCGGUGCCCCCAGAUAGGGGGGGUGACCCGGACAGGGCCCGGUAUCCCCGGACAGGCCCGGUACCCCCCGGGACAGGGCCGGUACCCCGGACCAUGCUGUUCUCGCUGCGGGAGCUCGUGCAGUGGUUGGGCUUCGCCACGUUCGAGCUGCUGCUGCACGGGCUGGCCCUGCUCGCCUUCACGGUGCUGCUCGUGCUCAAGGUGGACGGCGCGGCCGCCGCGCUCUCCUGGUGGGUCGUGUUCGUGCCCUUCUUCGCCGCCGACGGGCUCAGCACCUACUUCACCACCAUCGUGUCCGUGCGGCUGUUCCAGGACGGCGAGAAGCGCCUGGCGGUGCUGCGGCUCUUCUGGAUCCUCACCAUCCUCAGCCUCAAGUUCGUGUUCGAGAUGCUGCUGUGCCAGAAGCUGGUGGAGCACACGCGGGAGCUCUGGUACGGGCUCAUCAUGUCGCCCGUCUUCAUCCUGCUCCAGCUGCUCAUGAUCCGGGCCUGCCGAGUGAACUGAGGGUGCCCGCGGGGCCGGGCCCUCGGGCUGCUCCCGGCGUUAUCCCUGAGCACCACAUUCCUCCAAAAUUCCCCGCCGUGCCGCGUUCCUGUUCCAGCCCCCCCGGCCCCCGUGCUGUCCUGCCCCGCGAGCGCCGCUGGGUGUGCCAGUUGUUCUACUGUAAAAUAAAGAUGCGUUGAAGGA